AUGUCUCUCUUUCUCACCUUCCCACCUACUCCGAACGAUGCAGACCGUAAGAAGCUAACAGAGGCGGAGCUGCAAGGUACCCGAGGUGCAAAGUCCACUGAGAUGGCUGAUUGGGGAGGGAUCGGCGGGUGCGGCGGAGGGGGGAAGGAGCGAGUUGGACCUUUUUGUACACCUCACCGUCGCGCCGCCCGUUGUUUCCUUGCACCGGUGACCUCAGACCUGGCGCUGUCCAUUCGAGCAGCAAGUUCAUCUUCGUAUCGUCAAGAAGGGGGGGGCCCUUCCAACAAGGGUUCCCGCCGCUCCUGCAUGGGCGGUCGAAGAAACCACAAACCGUCGCCCGGGCCUCCUAACUUCCGUACAACUCUUCCGCCCUACGCUGAUUGCGAUGAUGAUGAUCCGUACGAAUUAGGAAAGAAAAAUGAAAUGAGAUUCGACUCUUCGAGUGGCCGAGAACGCCGUUUCGUCUGGCUUGGUCAAUCCAUCGUCUUCUUCAAUCUCCAAGCGCGACAAUUCCGAUGA